AUGGAUCCCUGUUACAACCUCACAAACCUUCCAGAACCCAUGGACUUCCACCUGCAGGUGCUGGUUGGGUCCUUCCUCGCCAUCCUCAUUGUGUUCACCCUCUGUGGUAACGUUGUUGUCUGCCUGGCUGUCACCUUUGAUCGCCGGCUCCGCAGCCUGACGAACUGCAUCAUCGUCUCCUUGGCCAUCACGGACCUGCUGCUGAGCCUCCUGGUGCUGCCCUUCUCUGCCUUCUAUGAACUCACCCACAAGUGGCCCUUUGGCAGCAUUCUGUGCAACAUCUACAUCAGUCUGGAUGUCAUGCUGUGCACAGCUUCCAUCCUCAACCUCUUCAUGAUCAGCCUGGACCGCUACUUUGCGGUCACCACCCCUCUCCGCUACAGCCAGCUGGUCACCCCCUCCCGGGUGACCGUGGGCUUGGUCAUUAUUUGGGCGGUUUCACUCAUGGUCUCCUUCCUACCGAUCCACUUGGGCUGGAACACCAAUGGGACAGCAGUGCAAAACGCAGCGUCCGACUGCAGCAAGGAGUGCAAACUGGAGGUGAACCCCGUGUACGGGCUUGUGGAUGCCUUGCUCACCUUCUAUAUCCCGUUGGUCGUCAUGUGCAUCACCUACUACCGAAUAUUCAAGAUAGCGAGGGAGCAGGCCAAGAGGAUAAACCACACGUGGUCCUGCAGCGGCAACACCCCCAUGCCGCCCAUCGUGAAAGAGCACAAAGCCACAGUGACCCUCGCAGUUGUUUUGGGAGCCUUUGUUGUGUGCUGGUUCCCCUAUUUCACAGUGUUCACUUACCGGGGCGUGUGGGGGGACAGCAGCGUGAGAGGUGCACCCAUGUCCAUCGUCCUCUGGCUGGGCUAUGCCAACUCAGCCCUGAACCCCAUCCUUUACGGCACUCUCAACAGGGAUUUCCGCAUGGCCUACAAGCACCUCCUGCACUACGCCUCCCCCCGCGCCCCCCCGCGGAAGGCCCAGCCCAGGAGAUCUCCGCAGGGCCAUGGCGGGCAGGAGGGAAAGCCUCUGAGGCUGGAGAUGAGGAACGGGACAGGGAUCUUGCUGGCUGACAGAGCACCCGAGAGGGCACCCUGCUGCCUCCUGGUCAAGAAGGCCAAUGGGAUCGUGGGGCGCAUUGAGAGGAGCACCUCCAGCAGGUCCAGGGAGCGGAGCUGCAGAAGAGCUUCCCCGUUGGUCCAGAACCAGCAUUUGCCUCUCAGCACUGCAGAGCAGGGGCUGGGAAAAGUCUGUGGGCUGGAUUGGGAAGGAAAGGGUUUGAGGCACAGACAGAUCAGGAAGAAGAGUCCUUUUCCCAUCAUUGCCCUUUCUGCGGGCCAUGUG